CAUCCCAAAGAAAAAGUUCACCUUUCUCUCUCCCCUCUCUCCUCUCUCUUUCUGAAUUGAAGCUGUAAAAACCCUAGUCACUGUCCUCCAUCCUCAAUCCAAGGUGCUUCCGUCAUGGUUUUCUCAAAUUAAUGGACGAAACAAGCAACUCGGCCUCUCCCGACUGCGUGCGCGGCGUUUCGGAAGGCAUAUCCUGGUCGAACUCGAGUGGGCACGUUCACCCAAGUCUUCGACCCGGUAGGACGCUCGACAACACGUGUUGGGUUCAUUGAUUUCGCGUGAUUUCGUUCUGCGUUUUGAUUACGGUGCCUUGAUUAAGAGAAUUUGCAAUGAGUGGAAAGCGAAGAAGACACAAUUCUAAAUGGGAUUUGAAAGAAGAUCCUACGGUUUCCCCGAAAAAGAUGGAUUAUAGGGCUUGGUCCGGGAGAACUGAUAUGCCAGUUUAUGAUAGUAGACUACAGCCAAGGCGAGGGUCUGUAGAUGCCGGUCAUAGCAAUGGUCAGAGAUGGUCCAACGUGGAGGACAAGAAUGUGCCGAAGAGACAUGAUUUGGAAUUUUCAUCGCGAGAGCUCAUGCUUGCAAAUAGAAGCUUACACAGAGAUGGCAUUGCCAAUGUUGAUGGGGGUAGAAAGUUGGAUCCUGUGCCAUGGGAUCGAGAUGGAAGUUAUAGCACGAGGAUGUCUCCUGGUCUGGAAGAAUGGAGGAAGAGGAAUCGCAGUCGCUCCCCUAAAAAUAAGUCAGAUAGAUCACCCGUGAGUAGGAGCAGAAAUUGGAGGACGAGCACGAGUAGGAGCAGGAGCCCUGUCCAUGGAUCUAGGAAGGACUCUGGUGUAUAUGACAAGACCAGGAGCCGAACUGGUGUUUCAUCGCAGUUAUGCAAGGAAUUUGCUGUUGGUAGGUGCAGGAGAGGAAGUGAUUGUCGGUUUUUACAUCAGGGUAAUCAGCAGUACAAUGAUAGUUGGGAAAGUAGGCACAAGAAAAGUGGUAGCACUAGGGAAUAUUCAGAGAGAAACAGAUCUUCUGAGAUAUGUAACAAUUUUCAGAGAGGAACUUGUCGGUGGGGGGCUUCAUGCAGGUACAUUCAUUCUGACGUUCCUGGUAAGGUGUAUCCCAAGGAAGUGGCUGCAACUGGAGAAAUUGACCAGCGAAAGAGAGACUUGUCCCUCGAACUAGUUGGUGAGGGUGAAUCUCACAGGAGAACGGUGCCAUCUGAUCCAAGGAUCACUGACUGGUCCCUCAACAAUAGAUGGGAGCAUAAGUCCAGUGAAGAGAGCAAAAUGUGGGAUGACCAAACUAGACAUAAUCUGCUUAAUAUUGACCAGAAGCAAUUGCCUCAGUUGGAAGCAUCUGUUAAAUUGGGCUUGCGUGAACCAAGAGCUACUGAAAUAUUCAUAGGUGACGCUAACAUGUCUCCUGACUGGAAUUAUCAGCCUCAGUCUUCAAAUCAGGUGACAGAUGAUAGGAGUAAAGAAACUUAUGGUGCACCGUCUCUAAUACAUAAUGAAACUCUAGUGGCAAGUCGUCGGCAAGAUCAAAGUUUGGAUGCUUCGGUGCCAAUGUACCAGUCUUCUGCCACACAACGACCAGGAACUGAAGAUUCUUGUCUACGUAUGGACAACUGCAGGGAAAAUGGGUUGUUAUACAAUAAUAACGACAAUAUCAAUAAAACUGUGGGUUUACUUACUGAUUCAUAUAGUCAUCCUGAUGCACUGCACAAGCAGAAUAUUGGCCAGAAUAACCAUAAUCCAUGUGCAAUGGUACCUCCAAUGUCAAAUGUCGGGCAGAAUCAGUUGGGGUUUCCAAGUGACCCCAGGAAGGCUGGAAAUGUCAUGAGUUCUCUAAUUAAGCCUCUCCCUGAGGAGGGGAAAUCAGUGAAUCACCCUCCUGUUAUUGAUGCAAAUAUAUUGCAAUUAACCUCCUCAAAUCCUCCAGUUCCAGCCACGAUGAAUGGAGAGCAUCUUAGACAACUUAACAACCUUUCAGCUUCUUUGGCUCAGAUUUUGGAAGCUGGGAAACAGCUUCCACAACUUUAUGCUGCUUUAAACUCCCAUCAGGGAAUAGAUAUGCCUUCCAUGCUAAGUUCGGCAACGCUAGGUGAUCAAGCUACACCUUUCCUGUCUAGUUUAUCUGUUGGAUCUCAGAAACACUAUGAUCCGAUAUCUGAUAGCAUUGAACCAAAGAAAUCUGACAACGAGAAGCAAGUCCAUUCAUCCGAUGUUGUUGUAGAUGAGAGUACAAAAGUAACUUCUAGUAGCUUACCUCCACCAUCUGUUGCUGUAGUGCCCAAUGGUACUGUCUCACACAACGCCAGCAGUUCAGUAGGUAAUCAUGAAAGUCAUCAGACAAGUCAGGUGGAGCCGGAUGAGAGCUCGAAGGUGAAGGAUAGCUCCAAGCUGAGGGAGGAUGGAGACAAAGAAAAGGUGAGUGAUGAAAGCAAGAAAGGAAAGGGCAAGGAUCCACAGGAGGAUGAGCAUUUGGAAAACAUGGAAGGGGUUACUAAGGAUGGUGAGAAUAAAAAGAGUAAAGAAGGAAAAAAUCUACGUGCUUUUAAAUUUGCUUUAGUGGAAUAUGUGAAGGAGCUUCUGAAGCCAACUUGGAAGGAGGGCCAAUUUGGCAAAGAAGCUUACAAAGCUAUUGUCAAGAAAGUGGUCGACAAGGUCACCAGUACCAUGCAAGGGGCAAAUAUUCCCCAAUCUCAGGAGAAAAUCGACCAUUACCUGUCGUUUGCAAAACCAAAGCUUACCAAACUUGUACAGGCGUAUGUGGAAAAGGAAAAAGCUCGGAAGGCGCCGUGAGUCGAGGACAUGGAACAAACUUGUGUAUCGUUUCUCUUGUUCUGUGCAAUGCAACACAACCAUUUUAUAGUCGCUUCUCCAGUGUUUCGUUAUGUAGCUUUUAAAGACGACCCAAUUCUCUCAUUCUCUCCCCAACUCUCUCUCUCUCUCUCUCUCUCUCUCUCUCUCUCUCUCUCUCAUAUUACUUCGCCUUUUUGCGGGUUUUCAUCGAUGUGCCUGUAGGUUCGCUUAACUUCGAUUCUCCAUCUUGACCCUUUUUUUUUUUCGGUUGUUCUUUAGUUUAAACAGGCCUGUUGUUAAUUAUUCAAGAGCCAUUUGCAAUAUACAACAUUUUUACUUUUUGAUGAAUAAUAAUAUGUCAGGCAAUGUACAAGAACGGAUAUGAGAAGAUGAGGCGGAGGUUUUCGUCCGUCUGCCGUGCCUUU